CAUAGCACAAGUAUCAUCAACACAAACCAAUCACAUCCACUUAAAAUGGCGUUCAAGUUCUUCCUCCUGUCUGCCCUGAUUGCCGUGGCCAGCGCUGGUCUGCUGCCGGUUGCCGUCAAGCACGUGGAAUACGCCGAUGCCCCCGCCGAGUACCAGUUCUCGUACUCCGUCCACGAUGACCACACCGGAGACAUCAAGAGCCAACAGGAGGAGCGUCACGGAGAUGACGUCAAGGGACAGUACACCCUGAUCGAUGCCGAUGGUUACCGUCGCGUUGUGGACUACACCGCUGAUGAGCACAACGGAUUCAACGCCGUCGUCCGCCGUGAACCGCUGACCCAGAAGGUCGUCAAGGCCGCCCUCCCGGUGGCCAAGGUUGUUGCCCCAGUCCAGCACUACGUUGCCGCCCCGGUGGUCCACAAGGUUGCUCUGCCAGUGGCCAAGGUUGCCUACCCCGCCAACCUGGCCACCGUGAGCUUCUCCGCCCCGAGCCUGAACUACCACUACUAAGACCAUCUCUAGUCUCAAUUUGUUGAUAUGUGCGUAAUAUAAUACAAUAGUUGAAAUGUG